UUUUCUUACAAUUCUUUCAGUAAAAAUGGCCCCGACUCGUAGUAUAAUCGGAUUUUUAAGUCCGAAAACUCUUGGUUCGAUAUUAAGUAACAACAUUUCUAAAGCACCAUGCCGUUUGUAUCAUAAGUGCAACAAUUGUGAUUUUUAUACUGGUCCGGUACUAAGUUCGCUUGGGAAUAAAAAUUCAAAGUAUAACUUUGUCGGUCCAAAACAUCGAUUUAUCCACACUACAAAUAAUUUAAAUGCUCGUGUCGACUACUACAAAGUUUUAGGAGUUGCUAAAAAUGCAUCAGCCAAAGAUAUUAAGAAAGCAUAUUAUCAGCUUGCCAAAAAAUAUCAUCCUGAUGCCAAUAAAUCGGAUCCUGAAGCUUCUAAAAAGUUCCAAGAAGUCUCUGAGGCGUAUGAGAUUCUCUCAGAUGAGAAUAAACGUAAACAGUAUGACACAUAUGGCACAACUUCAGAGCAAAUGGGCAUGGGUGGUCCAAGUGGAACAGAUGGAUUUACUCAUCAAUGGCAAUAUAAAUCAACAAUAGACCCCGAAGAACUCUUCCGAAAGAUAUUUGGCGACGCUGGCUUCAAAAGUGAGAGUUUCAGUGACUUUGCUGAAAGUCAAUUUGGUUUUGGUGCAGCACAAGAGGUUGUACUCAAUUUACGAUUCACGGAAGCAGCUCGAGGUGUGAACAAAGAAGUGAAUUUGAAUGUAGUUGAUGUCUGUCCCAAAUGCAAUGGCUCCCGUUGUGAGCUCGGAACUAAAGCAAUCAAAUGUACUUAUUGUAAUGGUUCCGGAAUGGAGACUUUCUCUAGAGGUCCAUUUGUGAUGCGUUCCACUUGUCGACAUUGUCAUGGUACCAGAAUGCUUAUUAAAUUCCCAUGUGUUGAAUGCGAAGGAAAGGGCCAAUCUGUGCAACGUAAAAAGAUAACAGUGCCAGUCCCAGCGGGUGUUGAGAAUGGACAAACAGUUCGUAUGGCUGUUGGUAAUAAUGAGGUGUUUAUAACAUUCAAAGUGGAAGAGUCUAAUUACUUCAAGAGAGACGGUGCUGAUGUACAUACUGAAUGUUCUAUUUCUGUAGCACAAGCGGUAUUAGGCGGAACUGUCAGGAUACAGGGCCUAUAUGAAGAUCACACGCUACAGAUAAUGCCGGGUACAUCGUCUCACAGCACAAUUCGUUUGUCACGUAAGGGGAUGAAGAGGGUUAGUCAACACGGGUACGGCGAUCAUUAUGUUCAUAUUAAAAUACAGGUACCUAAAGUGUUAUCAGGAAAACAGAAGGCAUUGAUGUGCGCGUACGCAGAAUUGGAGGAAGAUACACCGGGUCAAGUGCAUGGGGUCUCCUACGAUAGAGAUGAAAGUACCAAAAAUAGUAGCAGUAAAAAUGACACGGAUUCACAAAAGAUCCAUCAUAUGAAUAAAGAUUCGGAAUAUAAUGACAGGAAAGAAUCCAAAACUUGGACGUUUGUCGAUAGCCUUUUAGAUUCAUUUAGGAAUAACACAGCGGCAUUUGGCGCUGGAUUUCUUAUAACUGUUAUUAGUAUUAUGGUGUUUGUAAUUGCUGAUUCAAAGGAUACAUUAGGUUUGCAAGAUUAUGUAGGGAAAUUGCAAGAAGAAAACAGCGGUUUGACCAAAGAAAUGGAUAAACCUUUAGGUUAUCAAAAUCAUUUAAAAAGAAAGAAAGAACAGCCUGAAUUAUAUGAGGCUUGAAUUUGUAAUUAAUAGGAUUUUUAAAAGACAUAUUAACUUGUAUAAUUAAACAGUGCUAUUAGUCAUUAGAA